AUAUUCUUCUUGUCCUUUUUUCUCCAAUCCUGUUUUCCUCCACCUGUAGAUUUGCGCCCGAAGGGAAGAGGAAGACCGCAGAGGAUUCUGCUGGGCGUCUGGCCGGACGAGCACAUUCGCGGUGUGAUUCGCGCGGUGGUGUUCCGUGACGGGCACUCGCCUCAUAUCGUCAAAGAGGAGCCGACCGCGAUGUACCCUACCCUGGCGAACUACGCGGCCUGCAACGGUCCGGAAGGCGCGGUCAGCCCGGGUGCGGCGGCCGCGGCCGCGGUUGCGGCAGUCGCCCAAGGUCUACGACAUCAGAUGUGCAGUAUGGUAGCGGCGGCGCAUUCGCAGCAGCACGACAUGAUGGCGACGAAUUUGUCGACGAAUCUGUCAACGAGCCUGUCCUCCAGUCUGUCGUCGAAUUUGCAGGCAGCGAUGCAGGCCAGCCAGCACCACAAUAACAACAAUACGAGCGGCAGUAACGCGACCGGCCUCGGCGGCAACAGCGGCAUCGGCAACAACGGCAAUUCCCCGUUGAAUCUCGGUCUGGCGAGUCCGGGCUCGGGUGGACCACCCGAGAGCCCGAUGGAGAGUCCCCUGGCGAGUCCGUUGGGCCCGCUGAUGGAUCCGGCGGGUCACAUACCCAGCAGUGUCGAGGUCGGCAUCGGCGUGAGCGGUAUGACGUACAAGCCGGCGCGAAGCUUCGUCAGUCCGCGCCCGGAGACUCUCUUCCAGGAGGACAUCGCCGACCUGGUGAAGAGUCCUCACGGUCUCAAGGACAAGGACAAGAUCCCGGUGAAGCUCGAGCCGCUCACGGACUCGCGCUGCGAAUAGUAAGCCAUCGCCACGGUGACUGCGAGGAGUGGAAACGACGACGUCACCGCUGCAGGAGCAUCGCCGGCCGAGGAAGGACGAGGAGCGUCGAUGACACCUCAGAGGGACCUCUCUCUUUUCGAGACCGUUCAUCACGGCCGAGGUCCGGUGAUGCGGAUCGGUAGGUGCUGAGAGUCAUCUUGACGCUCCUCCUCGAGAAGAAUCGAACUCCGACUUUGCGGCACUUGGCCUCCUCGCGCGCGGAAGAGAGUUUAUAGUAUAUAUAUAUAUAUAUAUAUAUAGAAUAUAUAAAUUUUAUAUAUAUAUAUAUAUAUUAUAACGUAUACGUGACUCUUGUGAACAUUGUAACGCGAGCGCCGAUGUAUUGUGCAUACGAGAUAUGUUAGAGGAAUGUUAGAGAGAAAGAGGCUUACAAUCAAAAAACAAAAAAAAAUAACAGACACACACAGCGUGGACGAGAUAAGGUAGAGAAGUUCUCGCCUGGCUUAGUUUUCGAGGAAGUAUAUGAUUUAGCGAUCGUGAAUAUUAGACGAAAAUCGCUCAAUCGAUUCUUCUGCCGACAGAAAAGGGAAAACCGAAAAAAAGAGAGAAAGAGAAAGAGUAAAAUCUUCUUCUAGCGAAACGUACUAUAGCUAUUGGGUCGCCGGCGCCCCGCGAGCGCGCCGCCACCUUUUUCCAAUCUAGAUAGUCGUGUCAUCGUCGUGUCGUACAGACUAUGUACAUGUAAUAAAGGUAAAACCCACAUGCUACACACGAGCGCAUAUAUGGACAUACAUAUACACUCACACACGAGAAACAGAGCGCGCCAUACACAGGAUACACACUCGAAAAUUUAUACCUACGCAUAUAUGAUAACUGUACUUUUAAUGCCAAAUGUAUAAUAACUCGUAAGGGGUCGCCUACUGCCGAAUGAUUGAUUAUUCGAAACAGGUCUCGAGACGAGAAAGUAAGCCGCCUCGAAUAGAGCUAUACACGUUGUACUAUCGAGUCCUUACACAACAUGUCAUGGAUCAGUUUGUGAUAUAUCCUAAUAAUUCUUUAGGUAUCACACAAAGAUUUUAAAUUAUUUUAAGAAGCUAAAAAUAAGAUUUUUUUUCUUA